AGUUUCAUCCACAACGUCGUCUAAAGUAGAUCACAAAGCGCGAGUUUGGGAAAAAUGUCCGUGACUGAUAAGGUUGUUCUUGUAACUGGAGCCUGUAGUGGUAUAGGGCAUGCCAUUUGCAGUGAAUUACUACGGAAUGGCAUUAAGGUUCUCAUUGCAUGGGAUAUCCACACCAAAGAACCCGAAAGUAUUGUCAAUUUGCGCGAAAAGUUCCCUCAAAUUACCAUAAAGUACACCAAUGUGGAUGUGAGUUUACCGGAGAAGGUGAAGGAGUCCUAUGGCGGCAUUGUCAGGGAUGUUGGAAGCUUGGAUGUUGUUAUAAAUUGCGCUGGAAUCAUGGAUGAGAGUGAAUUCAAGAAGACCAUCGAUAUUAAUUUAGGUGGUGUAAUUGGAUCCACCCUCAGUGCCAUUGAGACAAUGAGAAAGGACACUGGAGCAGGCAAUGGGGGGAUUAUUGUCAAUAUUGCAUCAAUUCUCGGACUAUGUCCAGGAAGCUUCCUACCCACGUACAGUGCCACGAAAUGCGGUGUUGUUGGUUUCCAUCGUUCCAUUGCACACGGGCAUGAUUCGUUGGGAAUUAAAUUUAUCUGCAUUUGCCCGGGUUUAACAAGGACUGCAUUAUACAAGGAGGCUGAUACGAAAGAAGGAUUCUACUUUAUGUACGGCAAAGAACAGCGUGAGGAGACCAGGAAGAAGUUUAAGCCACAAACAGCUGAUGUCAUAGCUGCUGGUUUGAUUAAUCUCCUCCAGGAAGCUCAGAAUGGUAGCGUAUGGAUUAUUGAUGGGGGUGAAUGGACAGAGGAAGUAUUCCCCAAACUAAAAUAUUAAUAAUUUUUCCAAUAUGAUUUUU